GUUUCAGGACGCUUCUGGGCGAACACGGAAGGAAUAAGCCGCGUACCAGGGCAUGGUUUCGCCCACUACGUACUGGGUGACCUCGGGAGUAAACAACAUUUAAAGUGUUAAAGUGUGAUGCUCUCAGACUGAAACAGAGAUGCUCUCUACUAUAUUUAGAAGAAACACCUUUGCAGCCCAGAAGGUGUGGCAUUGGGCAGGUCCUCCACAAAGAUGCUGGACAUCAGCCCUGACCAGAGCUUCUGAUGGAGGAUCCAGUUCCCUGCAGACCUGCUGGGCCUCUACAGCAAGGCUGCCGUUUUCAGAAAGGGACAACGGACGAGUAAAACCUCCUGCUGGCCUCGGUUUCAGGAGGACCCAGACUAAUGCAGCUCUAUUUUUAAUGAGGAAUCAACAUUUCCACUCUUCUGCUGUGAGGCUGAAGAAGCGACCACAGAUCGAGGCUCCCAGAGAGAUGGAUCUGUUGCGCUAUGACAUGAAGGACUUGUGGAAAGGUCCCAAACCUGCCCUGUACCUGGGGUUUGCAGGACUGAUCCCCUUCGUCACCCCAACUCUGAUCAUGGCUGUGACUGAUAGCUACGUUCCAGAGUUGGCCUACGCUCAGUUAGCCUACGCCGCCUCCAUCGUUUCCUUCCUGGGUGGAUCUCGCUGGGGAUUCGCUCUUCCUGAGAGCAGUCCAGCCAAACCUGACUGGAUAAACCUGGCCAACAGUGUGGUUCCCUCCCUGUUAGCUUGGGUGUCCAUGCUGAUGAGCGACAGCAUUGCUCCUGCCGCCACCAUGGUGAUCAUGGGACUAGGAAUCUCGCUGCAUUAUGAUCUGGCUCUGCUGCCUACUUACCCCAGCUGGUUCAAAGCCCUGCGCUCCAUCUUGACCAUAGUGGCGUUCUUUUCUCUUAUUGGUACACUCAUAAUUAAUGGAAUAUACCCAGAAAAGAAGUUGUUCUCUGAUUAAAUACAAUAUAUAAAACUAUAAAGCCACAA